AUGAGCAUAUGGUCUAUAGGGUUAACUGGUAAACAUGUAAUAAAAUACAAUAAUGGAAAUCACUAUGAUGGAUAUUUUGUUAAUGGAAAUUAACAUGGAGAGGGUCAAAUGAUAUAUACUGACGGGGCUGAAUAUUAUGGAAGUUGGAUAAAUGAUAAAAGAUAAGGUAAGGGUAAUUAUAAAUUGGCCAAUGGAGAUGAAUAUUAUGGAGAUUGGAAAAAUAAUAAUCGAGAAGGAAAGGGUUAGAUGAAAUAUGCCAAUGGUGAUUUGUAUUAUGGAUAAUGGAAGAAUGAUAAAAGAGAAGGAGAUGGUAUAAUGAAAUACUACACUGGUCAUUUAUAUAAUGGGGAUUGGAAAAUGAUAAACGAGAAGGAAAAGGCUAAAUGUAGUUGGGUGAUGGAGAUGAAUAUAAUGGAGAUUAUGUAAAUGAUGAAAAGCAUGGAAAAGGUAAAUAUACAUGGGCUAAUGGAGAUUAUUAUUAUGGAGAUUGGAAAAAUGAUAAAAGAACAGGAUAGGGUAGAUUUCAAUCGAAGAAUGGGAAUAUAUUUGAUUAAUGUCCAUUAGAUUGUUGCUUUUCAAUUGAAGAUUUCAAUAUUUCAUUAACUGGAACAUCAUCCCAAUAGCAGAAGAAAAUUGUGUGGGAUUGGAUGGAUAAUAUUAAGGAUACAUAAAAAUUUAAAUAAUUAAUUCCGUUUUUUUUUAACAUUAUUAAGAUGGGGGAAUCAUCCUACCAGUAAUUGUCAAUAAUCAAACAAUUCAAAAACCAUAAUAGAGAGUCUAUAAAAAUUAUCAGCAAUAUGAAAGCAUUGGUUUAAUUAUUUUAUAACAAUUCUAAUUAUGAACUUAAGGUUAUGCUACUCAAACUCUAUUAAAAUAUGUAUCCUGUCCCUUUAAUUUUUCAAAAUCCAUCUUUAUAAACUGCUAAAGAAGAAAUCGAUUUAUAUGGAUUUAAUGAGAAACUGUAUUAUGUAUUUUAAACAUCUUUUCCUAUCAAUAAUUUUUCUUUAAGCUAAAAGUAAGCUUAAAUAGGGAAGACAGAGUUAAUAAAUUAAAUAUUUUACUAAUAAGAUAAAUUUGAGACAUAAGAUACUAGCCAAUUAAACAACAAUACUAUUGAUAUAAUGUUUGAUACAUAAUUUAAUGAAUCAAGAAAUUUUAGUGUUGCUGAUGCUCAUGGCUAAUUUCCAAUAGAAUUAUUACUCAAAAUUUUGCCAUUAUUCCGUAUGUCGAUUCUACAAUAUGAUUCGGAAUAUGAACUUAUUGAAAAUUAAAGCAAGUUAAAUUAAUCAAGAAUAUUCUACCUAAACAAAAUUCUACAAUAUGUUUUAUUAUAAGAAAUUACAAAGGAGAGUUAGAAGAGAAUAUUAUUAAUGAAGUUUAUAAGAAAUAUUUAGAGUAGUUGAAAAAAGAAGGAAUAAAAGUACAUAAAAUAAUUGAUUUGGCUUAGAAAGGCUUGGAUAAAUCUUUAAAAGAGUAAGAUUUGUAACUUACCUAAUCUUUAUUUUCAAUGAGAUCAUUAAAGUAAAUUAAUAAUAAUCACUAGUCACUAACAUAGAUUUUUUAGACAUAAUAUAAAAAUUUGAUUCAAUAGAAAAAAAUAUAUCUCAUUAAUUUUUAUAAGACUAGUCUAUCAUUAAAGAUUUAGAAAAUGAACUAAAUAGAUUGGUUUAAAAACCAUUGCGAUUUUAUGAUUAAGUAGCUUUUCCAAUCAGAUUCAUAGCAUACCAAUUAAAGAUUUUAAAAGAAAAAGAAAAUUAAUUGAUUCAAUAAAAAAAUAUUUCAAGUUAAAGUUAAUUAUUUACCACUAAAAACUAAAAGGAGAUUUACAAAAAUCAAGAUAACGAAGAAUAUGAAGAAACAAAGUAAUAAAUAAUCAAAUUAGAAGAUUCAAUUAAGAACUCUUAAUUAUCAAACCUUUUAAAGAUUUUUUGUAAAAUAUUUGACUAAAGCUCAUACUAUAUUUUAUAUUUAUAAUUCACAGAUUAAGUUAGAAAAUUUAAUGAACGUAACAGCUAUGAAUUGUAGGAAAAAAAUCAAAUUAUUAAUGAAAAAUUGAUGAAACUUCUAAAAGAAAGAGAUUCAAUCAAGCUUAAAAAGAAUGAAAUUAAUUAAAAAGCUUCAUCAAUUAUAAAUUAUGAAAGAAAAAAUAAAAUAUAUAAAAAAUAACAAGAUGAACUAAAAUAGGAACUAAAAUAAAAUUUGAAAAAUAUAGCAUUCAGAAAUAUUGGGAUAGAAAUGUUUUGGAGGGAACUGAUUGAAAUUAGUUAAAGAAGUUUGGCUAAUAUAUAAAUUGAUCCAGCAGAUAUAGUAUAUGAUAUGAUUAAAAAAGGGGAACCUUUUGAAUUUCUAGAGGGAGAUUCUCUUUAGAUAAAUGCAAAAUUUUUGGAUGAACUUAAAAAUAAAUUCACAAAUUUGGGAAAAGAGAAGGUUUUAGUAUUAAGUGUUUUAGGACCUUAAGGUUCAGGAAAAUCUACUAUUUUAAAUAAGAUAUUUGGAUGUCAUUUUUGGACAAGUUUUGGUAGAUGUACAAAAGGUAUUUAUUUACAUUUGUUGAAAAUCUAAUUUAAAGAAUAUUUUAAUAAUUUAUUUGAUUAUAUAUUGAUACUUGAUUCGGAGGGAUUACAGAAUCCAAAUUAGAUUGAUACUGAGUUUGAUAAAAAAAUUGCUCUUUUUGUCUUGGCAAUAAGUGAUAUCAUUUUGAUAAAUGUUAGAGGAGAUUUACAUUAACACUAUGAAACCUAAUCUCUCUUCUAUAAAGUAAAUAAGUUGGUGUUUUUUAAUUAAAAUAACGAUGCUAACAACUUUGCUCCAUUUUUAAACUAAAUCUUAGGAAUUGCCAAUAAUUUAAAUUUAGUAUAUAAUAAUGACUAAGAUGCAAAAAAUUAAGCCAUUGAUUAUAAUGAAUUUUUGAAUAUUUCGAAAGAUAAUAUUUAAAUAUUAGGAUUUGCAUGUAGUGAGAAAUUAUAGAGAAAGAAUGAAAGUUUAGGUAUUAUUAAAGAUUGGAGAUAAUUAAUAAUAAAUGAAAAAUUUUCUGAAGAAGCUUAUCUUUAUGGAAUAAGAAUGAUUGAGAAUUUUAUGAUAAAGUUUUAAUCCUAAACUGACACCUCUCAAAUGUAAAGUUUAAAUUUGUUCAUGUAAAAUAUAUAUACUAAUUGGUAAACUAUUUGUAAUUUACCAGAUUUAUUGAAAUUUGCUGAAUUAAUCUAAUAUAAGCAAGAUUAAUUGAUGAAAAAUAAAUUUGUAUAAAUUUAUGAUGAAUACGAUUUUAGUUUUAAGAAUGAAAUAGCAAAUGAAAUAAAUGAUAGAAUUCGCAGUAGCUCUGUAAAAAAUUUGACCUUUUUAAUUAAAUUUAAGAUGAUAAAAAUGAAGAUCUUAGAAUAAGGUUUAGCUAAAUUGAACAAGAUAUAUAAGAUAAACUACUAGCAUUUAAAUAAGAUAAACAAAUUUAAGAGAAGAUUUACUUGA